UACACGCGGAGUCUUUUGAAAGAUCGGUCAUUUUCCUGCGUGCGCGAAAUGGAAACCUCCUCGCUUUAAAGUUCCCGCCAUGGCGCCAUUGUUACCCAAUUGCACAUGUACGCCUGUACAUCACUGCGCCGUUGAUUCAGCGAGACAGAGACCAGCCUCCACCAACCAGAAGACGACGCUGCUGGCCUCCCACCGCCUACCGGCUACCGUGCUCUCCCGGCUGCCCAAACCUGUCAGUCCACCAAACGCCCAGCCUGAUUGCUGGUCAGCCACCCGCCCGCCGGCCUGUUGCACUGCCGCACCUACCCGUCAUAUAAAUCCCCCAAUAUACGUCACUAUUCAUCAAGUCCAGUCGGAAAUGGAUCUCUUUGCCAAAAAGAUCAGCCUCUCUGAGAACAAGAUGUUCAUCCGUAAAGCUGCCGAGCUCCGACGUCAGGCCGAUAUCCAAUUCGAUUCAUCCGUUAUCGGCGUUGGUGAAGUAUGCAAAGCGAUCACCUGCCUUGAAAUCGCCGCUUUUGGGAUGGGUGUGAUAUUUGAUCGUCAGGCUGCAAUCAAAUUGAGUGGAAUGACAGAAAAGGCUUACAAUAGAUCAUUCAAUUCAUUGCAGAAUGGCAUUGGAGUCAAGAGUAAGCUUGAUAUUCGCGAAUUGACUAUUCAGUUUGGGUGCAUUAGGCUGAUACCUUUUGUUCAGAAGGGUCUAGCAGUGACUUGUGCUUUGAUGUUUUUGGGAUAUCAAAGGAAAAGAAAGAUGCCAAGGAAAUCUAAGGCAACCGAGAGCUGCUUGAUGCUUUGCCUGAGAAGAGAAGGAUAGAUGAUGGUGGCUAUUCAUCUGAUGAGGAUCAUGUUAUAAAAAUAGCUUCAAUAGUUUUGAGUUUAUACUUGAUUCGGUCACUUCAUUAUACACGAAUACUUACGCUAGCCAUUAACUUGUUGGGGACUCAGUUUAGCCAUGAACUAAAACCUGGACCUAAUUUAUGACCCAAUUUAGUACCGAGAUAUGCAGUUUAUAUCCACUUUAGUCCUCAAAAUACAAAAAUUAAAUUAAGCUUAAAUAUGUGGUGGUGAAAUUCCUCUAUUUAACUCGGUUGGUCUAUUUUAGAGCUAAAUAUGCUUCAUGAUUAAAUUGCAAUCAAGGAUCAAGUUAUGUCCAACAUGCAAGGAUCAAUUGAGUAAUAGUGUAUAGUUGAGAGACGAAAUUGGGUGUUAACCCUUUUUCUAUCAAUUGGUUUUAAUAUUGGCUCAAGGCGGAAUAGCAGUUCUAACAUUUUGCGGUCAAUGCAUCUAAAAAUCUAUUUAUGCAUCAAUUGACUAGAUGAUGCAGUACAAUUUUGUUAAUGUCUAUAUCUAUAUGGUAGUUCUUGAAUGUGCUAUGUCUCCAAUGUUUUCAGUCUUGCUACAAGAGGAAAAAACUAAUGCACAAACAAGAAUAUGAGAAGUGGAAAUCUACGGUUGUGAACUCCAACCAUCACUGCAAAUCUAAAGGUAGGUUGUUAAUACACUUGGCUGUUCACAUUGUGUUGAAUCCAUACUGUGAUAUAUUUUAUUGUAAACUAAUGUUAUCUCAAUGUUUGGAAUCUCUAGCUCCAUUGAAGUGCACCAAACAAGUCCGACUAAACUUCCCGAAAAAGGUUUGAGAAACAGAAGUAGAUGUGGCAUGAUACACAUGCAACAUGUUUGUAAUAAUUGUCGAAUGGUGUUACCAUUUUACCAUGGCUAGGAACACAAAGCAAAAAAUAUCAAGGAUAAUAAUAACCUCCCUAAAUUAUUGUUAGUUGACAUCUGAGGUGGGGCUGAAAAUGCUUACUGGUUUUAGUAGUUUUACUGUCUACACAACAUCAGUUUCAUUUUUGGUAUAUAUGAGUAUAUGACUGAGUAUGAUUCAUGCUCAAGGUACUCAAAUGGAAUCCAAAUAUUGGGUAUUGAAGUAUAAAAUGAUACAGUAAUUUUAAAGAUUAAUUGAACUGUCAGGUUUUCACCUCUCCAGCUCAGAGCACACUCAUACAGCACACACAACCAAGCACCACUGGUAGGGACAAGAACACUUAGGCCAGCCCAGCCAUCUCAACGCACGCCAAAGGUCAGAAAAGGGGGAGUACAAAGAGAAGACCACAGAGGGACCGGAAGGAGAAGAGAUUGGAGUCUCUCUCUAUUCUCUCUUAACCUCACACUCUCUCUAACCGAAGACCUCUGCGUCAACCAAAGACGAAGAGGGACUUAAGUAUUCGGGCAAGAGGGGAAGCCCUAAAGGAGGGUUCCAGAAACAAGGCUAGCGGCAGAACAACCUGGGCCAGGGCAAGAGGCAAGC